AAUUCAAACUUGUGACGUGAGAUUAAAGCCGCAAGACUUUUCACGAUUGUUCGUAGCGUUGAUGCAAAUCGUAUGAAAAAUCAUAUGCUAAGAAAACGAUUGAGCUCGAUUGCCCGCCCAUUUGCAGUAAAUUCUAACGGCGUAUUUUGAUUUUUCUCCUCUCUUUGAUUCCCCUAGUAUGUGAUUUGGUAGUAAUGCAACGUGAUGGCCGCAAGUGUCGCGCGCGUCAGGUUGCAACAACGGGGUACUAAGCGAAAAUAAAUUCGUUUUUUUUUCUAACUUUAAACAGGUUGAACAAGUACGAUACAACAAUGUCACGUUGAAUUGAUAUACGUCGAAACGCGAGUUACUCAAUUAGCAUGUUCGCGGUCCCCGAUGUCUUUUCAUUGUAAAAUUUAUACCAAUUCAAAAGUGCAUUGGACGCAAACACCGAUCGGUCGAGCGAUCGCUCUUUCUGCUGCUUCUGCUGCUGCUGCUGCUGCUGCUGGCUGCUGUUGUGGGGUGGAAUUCCGUUUACUGGGGUGGUGGCACCCGUCUGCCUUCCUCGACAGGUUAUGUUUCCGACUUUCAUCGGGAUUUUAGACAUUCAAUCGUGGUGGGAGGUGCCAAGUAUCGCACAUUUCUGCUCAUUGUUUAGGGCUGCCUUCAAUCUGCUGGACUUUGACAUCGAGGAUUUGGAAGAAGCCCUUCUCACGGACGGUGGUACAGAAGGCCGGCUGUUGCAAGAACUAAUUGUCAGAUUACUCGAAGGCUGUCUACCAAAUGACACUCGCAAUGACAUCUCUACUUUCAAUUAUCAGAUGUUUCUACGUAGACUCUUUAGAAAAAAGUGUCAAGAAUAUGGACGAGAUAAUCCGUUCAAUACAGACGUAGAUUUUGAGCUUUUGCCACUACGCCAAAAGGUAGAAAUACUUCGGGCUCUCUGUGACUUCAGGCUUGACGCCGAAGACGUGGAGCAGUCUCUCGAUAACUUGGACUCGGACAGCCUACGAGUCGAACCACUAGGUCAUGAUCGUAAAAAUUCUGCCUAUUGGUACUUUUACGGCACUCGAUUGUAUCGGGAGGACUACAUUGUUCAAACGAAGCCUGAUAUAUCGCGUAAACAGAAAGGAAAACUCAAGGAUAAAAGGCGAAAAAGACGUGGCAGAAACCGAAUCAGUCAGACGGAGGAAACGCAAGAAGAGAAGGAACAAGACAGUUUGGUGUACGAAGGGGUGGAAAACGGGGUUUUGUCCACAGAAAAAGAGACUAUCUGGCAAGUUGUCUGUUUCACCCACCAGGACUGGAGCCGUUUGGUGGAAAAAUUUAAAAAUUCGGAGGACGACUCAGAGCGUAAACUGUACCGUACCUUAUCCGAAGACUUCAUGCCGGAAAUCCCAAGAUUAUUUGAAUUAAAAGAAAAACAGCAGAGACACAGACUUCUUCAGCAAAACAGCACAAGGGUACUCCGUCGACGCGAAACCACAAGUCGAGUGGAAGCAGCCAUGGUCAGGGCCAAAGCGAAGGCUAAAAUAAAGGGGGUGAAGAAGAGUAACAGCCGAAGUUUGAAAGUUAUCGAAGAAAUCGAUCAAGUAUCACCAACACCCACAGCAACGGCAACGCCGGUACCAAAGAAGGGGAGGCAGACAAAUAACUCUUUGGCCUCUGCUGUUGGUCAGAUUGUCAUCCAUACGGAGGAUGAGUUAGAAAGUUUGACCGGACGGAGAGGCGGCAAUCGGUCCGGAGGUGGGAUAACUAGUUAUCACCCUUCUCGGUAUGAGUAUGGCGUCGAAGAAGAAGAACGACGUGUUGGCAUGCAUAAAGUUCUUGAAAGUCUCAAAGAUCACCAAGAUGCUUGGCCAUUUGUUGACCCUGUUGACGAAGAAUACGCUCCAAGGUACUACAGUGUCGUUCGAAAGCCUAUGGAUCUCACCACAAUGGAAGAAAAGCUCGAAGAUGGAUCAUAUAGGAGUAUAGGCCAGUUCAAACGUGAUUUCCGGUUGAUUGUUGACAACUGUCGUCAAUACAAUGGCUCUGACAAUGAGUAUACGGAGAUGGCGAUCAACCUGCAAGAAGUAUUUGAUCAUGCGGUCGAUCGAUACCUUGAAUCUGAGCCAUCCAGUGACGAGGAUCCAUCUCUUCAAGUGUCAUUAUCACCCAUUUCGAUGUGCCCUGCAUCCCCAUCUCUGACGACGAAAUCAAUUUUGCCUCAGAAUUCGCGAAAACGAAACCGCAACUCAGUAAAGAAACUCAAUUUGAGCAAGUCUAACAAAGCAAAAAAAGAUAAAUAUGUGAGUUUAGAGGAACGGGAAUCUGUGGACAUGGAAGAAAAUGUUGCCUUAAGAUCUAAACGGGUGAAAGAAAAAAAGAAUGGCAAACGUGCAAAGAAAAUUAAAGUAGAAGAAGAGGUUGAGAGUGACUCUGAAAAUGAAAUGACUUUUUCCCCAGCAAAGAGAGAAAAUCAGUCCGACGAUGAAAUGUGUAAAACGAAAACAAAGCAAAAAAAAACUGUGAACUUUGAACGUGUGUCAUCAAAAGUGAAAAAAGCCUCAGCCAAAGAAGAGCAGCUGGACGAUUCUAAGAGGAAAAACAAAAAAGAAUUGAAAGUGCAGAAUGAAGAGAUUGAAGACUGCGAACAUGAUUCUCAGGAAAUAUUGAAAUCUGCAGCCAGGAAUAGGAGUAAAAAAAGCUUAAAAAAGGAACUCGGAGACCUGAUUAGUAAAACGAAAAAGGAAAAGCCCAAGAAACCUGACGUCAAGAAGAAUUCUGUCACAUUUAAAGCCAAUGGUAAACGGGAAACAUUCGAAACGGAUGGGAAGAUAAAAAAAAAUCAUAGUAAAAAAGACGGCAGCGAAAAGAAAGUAAUUCCGGUAGUCUGUAAAGCAGAUGCGAUUACCGAUACAGAACGACCAAAGGGAAAAGACAAAAAGUUAAAACAAUAUAGAGAAAAAGACUUAAAAGGGAGCGUAUUGAAAAAUUCGGCCCAAAAAAAGGACAGUCAUAAGCUAGAGAAAAGAGAAGAUGACUCAAAGUACAAGAAACUCGUAACUAGUAAUAAAGAUUUAGAAUCUCUUGACAGCCUGAAGGACAUAAUAAGCGAAAGACAACGCGAGGAUAAACUGAAGGCCCAAAUCGAAGGGGAAAAGCAAAAGAAAUCUACGAAAAAAGAUGGUUUACAUUCUAGAAAAGUGCCUUCAAACGGUAGUUGCUUACGCGCAGUCAGUAAAAUAGAUGUGAUCCAUUUACGAUCAAAGGAUGGUCCCAAAGAAGAACCGGUGAAAAAAUCAAAGCUGGCCCAGGUAAAGCGAUCCAGAGGGUUUAAAAAGGAAGACAGCCCCGGAAUCCAAGCCUUGAAUCAAGCCACGGAGCAGACGUUAAACGACAUCAACAAGUGGCUGGACGAUGCGCCUCGCUUGUCAGAAUUUUCUUCGGGUAGCGACUCACCGGUAUUUCAUCCAGCAACAAAUGAAGCUGUAAAAACAGCAAUGAAAACUGAAAUGACAAGGAAACGUCCUCAUCCUGUGAAACUUGUAGGUUCUCAGGGGCCCAUGCGUGCAAAGAAAGUCCAGCGUACGAUUGAUCGUUUACAACCUGGAAAAAGCAAAGGUAAUUUGUUAAAAAAACCGCUUCAUUUACCUGCUAACAUCAGUAGCGAUGUUCUAGCGAAUCAAACCACAGCUGACGCCAAUAAAGCAAAAUGUGAUGACACGAAUGAACCAAAACUUAGUUUGGGCACAGUUCUCAGGAAUGCUGAAUCUAUUCAUUCGAUUUGUAAGAGUCUCGUUUCAUCUCCCAAUCCCAAUUUAAUUGAUGACGAUGACGAGGAAAGAAUAACAAGACCUACUUCUGCAUCGGAAAAUCAGGGAGUGAUAAAUCAGACUGACAAAUUGUCUUCUGGUAAAGAGAUUGCAGAAUCUAAAACCACUCUGAAGACAGAAUCAUUGGAUAAUGAAGGUAAUACAGCAGUAGAAGAAGUUCAAAAACCGAAAUCUGCAACUCCAAAUCUCAGCGCGUGGUUCAAGGCAUUUGGUGCACCCAAGUCCAAAAAAAAGGAAGAUGACACUGAUGAAAACGUGACCGGGGAUUCCAGCUGCAAGAAGGAAACGGAAAACGAAAUACAAGAAGUCAAGACCGUCAGACAAAGGAGAGUCAGUACUGGCGGCAGCAGUAUCAGCGAGUCCGUGUCCAGCUUUUCACAAGAGUCUCCGCCGGGCCGAUCACCGCAAACACAAACUCCACAUGUUCCCAGUGAAACACCUGUCAGAGGUGCAGGCUUUUACCAGGAUGCUUUGUCAUCGGGUAGCAGUCCGUACAAUAGCCCUUAUUACGCGACUCCUCCCAGGUACAGCGCCCAGCUCCCCCCUACUCCUUCGCCGCAAAAUAAUCCAUCGUCACCAGUUUAUCCUGUCGCAGCCCCCUACGAACAAACGUCGUCUCUGUAUCCCCAGACAACUCCUCAGACCUCCCAGCAAGUUUAUCCAAAACAUUCUCCUCUUCAAGGUUCAACGGAAUCUUAUCAUCAGCCAUCCCCUUCUACUUAUUCCCAAAGGUCACCGCAGAGAAUACCAUUUCCGCAAAAUUCGCCCCAAGGACAAUCUUUUCUGCCGUCGUUACCACCUUCUGUACAAAAUGCCGCAUCUCCAUACCCUCGGUCACCCCAACCUUCCCAACAAAUUUACCCGCAAAGUUCUCCACAACCACCGGCAAAUUACUCUCAACCAUCGCCCCAGCAAGCAACCAAUUACUCCCAACCUUCGCCUCAGCAACCUCCGACUCCCAAUUAUUCACAACCGUCACCCCAACAGCCUGCCAGCUUUUCACAACCAUCCCCACAACUACCGACCAAUUAUUCUCAACCUUCGCCGCAGACGCCUGCGAAUUAUUCGCAAACCUCACCACAACAACCUUCAAGUUACUCACAAAAUUCUCCACAGCCACCCCAGACUUAUUCCCAACCAUCGCCCCAACCACCCCCAAAUUACUCGCAACCUUCUCCGCAACAACCAUCUAACUAUUCGCAA